UAUUCUCGUCGGUGGUAGUGGUAUAUUUCCUGUCCUCUAUUUGACGGUGUUUCCAGGUAUUUAGGAAGCUGUCAUGCUGUAAUUCCCCUCGUUGGUGGUGUAUAUUAACUGAAACUACCGGCAUCUACAGUUGUGAGAUCUUAUGCAUAAGAUAACGAUAAUUUCUGAUGUCAGUGAGGAGGAUGGCUGUGGUGGAGGUUGUAGAGGCGAUGGCUGGCAGGUUCCGUGGUUGCUUGGUGGGAGCCCUCAUGGGGGACUGUCUGGGGGCACCAUUCGAGGCAGAACCAAGAGCCUCACCGUCUGUGCUUAACUCGUACUUCAGGAGACUCAAUGACCCAGACCUUAAAGUACCAUACAAACAAUACACUGAUGACACAGCAAUGAUGAGAUGUGUGGCCCUUUCUCUUAUUGAGGAGAAGGGGUAUGUUGCUCAAGACAUGGCCAAACGGUUUGUGAAAGAGUUCUAUGCUGAACCAAGGCGGUAUGGUAGCAAUGUUGUUGAUGUGUUUGCUGCUCUGCGGGCCAGCAAGUUCAGGGAUGUGUAUGCUCCUGCUGCAAUGCAGUUUAAUGGUCGUGGCUCUUAUGGAAAUGGAGGUGCUAUGCGUGCUGCUCCCAUUACCCUUUUCUGCCACAACUCCACAGAGCAGGAGCUGGUGGAGACAGCCAAGGACAUGGCACUCCUUACACAUGCCAACAGGCUGGGCUACAAUGGAACAGUACUUCAGUGCCUGGCAGUGCGUGAGGCUCUACUAACUCCAAAGAAUGAGCUGAAUUGUGUGAAAUAUGUAGAGAAUCUUAUAGAAAAAAUGAAAAAAGUGGAGAAGCCUGGAAAGGAUGAUAUCCUGGAUGAAGGAGAAGAACCCUUUGUGUAUGUCAAGAAACUGAAAAGGGUGUUGGGGCUCCUGGAAUGCAAGGACUCUGUUGAUGCUGAGCAGGUAGAAGAGGAACUGGGAGUGGACAUUUCUGCCCACAAGUCUGUGGCAACUGCCAUCUAUUCCUUUGUGAGAGCCUCUUGUCCCAUCCCCAAGAUUGAGACUGAAAAUGAGUUCCAGAGAACCCUGCACUAUGCUGUCAGCCUGGGAGGAGACACAGACACUAUAGCAUCUAUGGCUGGAAGCAUUGCAGGUGCUUACUAUGGAAUGGAGAAAGUUCCAAAGAAUCUUGAGAGACACUGUGAAGCUCUGGCAGAUGCUAUAGAACAGGCUGACCAGCUUCACAAUCUGGUUAAGGUCAGAACAAGUACAUCUUGAUGCAUGCAUAUAAAGAUAUGAGACUAUGUAUAGAUAAGUAAGUAGUUUGAAUUUUCUGAUUAUUAUUUUCAAUAUUUUGUAAGAAAAAUUCUGAUACACGUUUAAAUUUAUCAUCAGUAUUUUGUAAGAAAAAUUUUGAUACACUAAAUACUGUUAUUGUGGUUGAUAAUAAUGUCAUUCUUGCACUAAAUACUGUUAUUAUGGUUGAUAAUAGUGUCAUUCUUGCACUAAAUACUCUUAUUGUAGUUGACGGGAGUGUCAUUCUUGGCACUAAAUACUGUUAUUGUGGUUGAUAAUAGUCUUUCUUGUACUAAAUACUCUUAUUGUAGUUGAAGGUAGUGUCAUUCUUGGCACGAUUAUUGUACUUGACUGUUGUGUCGCUUGGCUAGCAGCUGUACAUGAGCUUUGUUACCAAUAGUGCAGUGUGUCCUUGACUACAAAGUUUGGUUCCAUAUCAAAUAUUCAUAAUUGUACUUGAGAAUUGGAAUUGGAUCCACUAUCAUAUUUAAUGAUUAUUGCAACUGAUAUUAAAGUUAUGUAAUUAAAGAUAUAUGUACAUUUGUUUUAAAGAUUCAAAUCAGUUAUAAUUGUUCUGUUCUGUUAGAGUGAAGAGUUCAUGCACCCUUCUAGUAACUUUUAUUAGAGGUCCAUGUACCUUCCCCUCAGGAUAAUAAAUUGUAUAUUUGACUGUUUCAAGACUGAAAGUAUUAAAGUAUUUGCUAUAUUUUAAACUGGUGCUCUUUUGUAAUACAAAACCUGUGACGUGAAUCAUCAGUUAAAUAUAUUUUAAACUGGC